UGAAAUUAACUUUUUAUAAGUGAAAUAAUAUAUUAGCGUAUGGUUUAUUGCAUAAAUAUUUUAUUCAGUGCAAAUAUUCACAUUUUUGUGUCCAUUAACAAUGCUUAAAUAGAGAUUGAUAUUACUGUGAAUGGAUUAUGUUAAUGAGAAGUCUUCAAAGCGUGACGUCACUAAUUAGGGCCAAAUAUAAAACUUGUAUUGUUAAAGUUGUUCAUGCGAUGGUAGGCGAUAAAUAAUCAACUUUUUAAUGGGAUGGACGCUACAAAAGUGCAGUUUGUCGGAGCGUCUUGUGGACAGCACGGACCGUACACAUUUUACAAAGCCUUUAAAUAUCAUAAAGAUGAAAAGCCAAAAAUAUUGUCUUUAGGAGAAUUUUUCUUCGUUGAAAUAUUGAAAGGCGCACCGGUGAGCAUUGGGGAACUUCAGUUGAUUUGGGAAGACAAAAAUAAUAACCAACUGUUGGCAAGUGUACGACUUUAUUUCCUGCCAGAACACACACCCGAUGGAAAACAAGAAUAUCAUGGCGAGGAUGAAAUCUUGGCUCUGUCUGAGAAGCUGAUUCUGCGACUGGAUGACCUGGUGUCACUGAUCACCGACGAAUGUCCAUACUGGACGGCCGGACGUCUGCUCUUCUGUGAGAGGGAUAUUGAAAAGAAAACGAGUCAUGGCAGCUCAAGUUUGCUUCAAGCGUUCCAGACCAACAACUGCGGGUUACAGCUCAGUGACGUCAAUAAGGCUAAAGAGACAAUCGGUCAGAAAGAAACUAAAGAUGAUGCUGUGAAAGUUGUUGUUAUGAGUUUUGCCCAGUAUUGCCGCUACCGUAGCAUUAUGAAACGCCUUGAGCAUGUGCAGGACCAAUGGCUGAAACACACGAUCGUGAGCGCAAUCGGUGGCAUCACGUCUCCGACACACAACUGUCAUGUGAUGUUCUGUCGAGACACAUUCUUUCACCCUGAACUGGAAGAGUUUGAACUGAGAUGUGAUCACUUUGCUCCAAAUCUGAAAGGUCGUCCCCGAAAGAAGAAAUCUGCUAAUAAGGGCUCAACACAAGAUUCAGAUAGCUACGAGGAGGAAUCCGAUUCUUCAAUACACCAAACACUGGGUGGCUUCGGAAUGUCUGCUUCUUCAAUAUCACUCGCAAAACAGAGAGUGAGUGUGACACGACGAGAAUCGUGUAAAAAUGGAAUACGUUGGAACCGUAACACAACUCGAGAGGAACAGCAUUUUCUAGCCAGCCUGCACAAGUUCAUGCGUAACAGACAAACGCCAAUAGACAGAGUUCCCAACCUGGGAUUCAAACAGAUUAACCUGUACUUGUUUUACGUAAAUGCCAAGAAGUUAGGAGGGUAUGAAGAAAUCACCAAAAAACGCCUUUGGAAAAGUCUGUAUGACAUGAUGGGAGGACAUGCUAGUAGUACCAGUGCUGCCACCUGUACUCGCAGACACUAUGAAAAAUUAUUGUUGCCUUUUGAAAGGCACGAAAAUGGAGACGGCCACAAGCCUUUCCCGUCAUCCUUAAAGAAAAAACUUCACUUUGUACGAGGCCUUAUGCACAAACACUCCAGUGACACUGUAGAUUCAAAGAGCCAGGCGCCGUUAAAAGUGAAAGAAAAACUGGAGAUGAAGGUCAAACAAGAUGCCAAGGCCAAACAAAUGUCGAAGGAGCCAACUGAUGUCAAGGUGAAAUCAGACGAGAAGUCGGACAUUAUGAAAACAAAGAAACGCUUUGCUCAGUCGAAACAGUUAGCAGAAUCAGCUGUAGAGGACAAAGAGCGAAAGUGGAAUGAAAUCAGAAAAAAAUGUGCUUUACAAAGAGACAAGCUGAAGAAGAUCACUCACAGAAAUACAGUGAAGAAGAUGUUGGAUAAAGUUUCUUCAGGAGAGGACAAGGAUGAUACUAAGGACAAAAUUGACAACGUCCAAGAGGUGAAGACGGAGACAACACAGCCAGAACAGAGCAGAACAUCACCGGAGACAGGCGAAACAACCCCACAGGUGGUUCAGAACAACAGUGUGGUUACAGACAGCAGCCUGAUGCAGGAAGAUGCAGCAGUGAAAACUGAAAAAGAAUCGGAACCCAGAAUUGACGUGCCUUGUGUUAAACAGCGAAUAAAGCCAAGCAUAAUGUCGCCCCUCAUACAGAGGCGAGGUCAACAGAAGGUCAGCAAAACUCAGGAACAGUACCCAGCGAUGAGGACCCCCUCCAUGUACUAUGCAUCUCAGUUUCAGUUGGCAGCUCCCACUUACUUAGGGCAUUCUGUGCUGGGCGGUCAGACCGGUUCGGGUCUUGGUGGUUUGAGGAAUUCGCUGUACCGUGAUCAGUCAGUGGUUUCGGUAGCCAGCAGCAGUGCAGGGAGUCUCAGUGAAAGCCAAAGGAACUCUGUCCUUCCUGGUCUCGACAGGUCAAGGCCAUCUGUGAUACAGCCGACCCCGAAGGCGAAGGUGGCACCAUUCGUUGGAAGCCAGUUGUUUCAGAAUCCAUCGUCGGAAGUGAUGAGUCCCAGCCUGAAGCCGGCCCACUCGAACAGUUCCAAACGGUCGUAUCCGUACAUGGACGCCUUACCUCCCCCGUCGCCUCACCUGCUGCCGUCACAACACUUCUCCAAACAUCCCCCAUCCAUCAGCAAAGCAUCGCCCAGCCCAGCAUACACAAACAAUGUUUUCCUUGCCCCCAGCAGCACAAAACGCUCGCGGUUCGAACAAUCAACCAGGCACCACAGUGUCAGUGUUCAGGAUGAGCCAAUUGACCUGAGUGUGAAAACAAACAGCCACAGUGAGCUGGCGAUUCUCGGCACGAACCCCAAUCAUUCGGUGUUGCGGAAAUCACCUCACAUUCCUCCAUUCAACCUCUCUACCUCCUUGUCAUCAUCAAAUUCAUCCCUGCCUUACAGUAUAGACUUGACCAGCAGCAGGGCUAGUAUGGACUUGACCAGCAGCAGGACUAGUAUGGACUUGUCCAGUAGCAGGGUUAGCAUGGACUUGUCCACUCCGGGUAAAGACACUGUGAGUAACCGAGCCGCCUCCUUGUCGGUGGUGCCGAGUUCUUAUCACAAUACUGCCGGCACCGGUCGUUCCAAGUCGGACGCCACGAAGUUGAAAUCUCAGGACACCCACAGUGCCUCGUUCUCACCCUCUCAGAGACCAGCCAGUGCUGCCCCUCUCUUGUACACAAAGACCUCCAACUCUAACCCGCCAUCAUCAUCAUCCACAUAUCAAGAGGUCCUCUCUCCAAAUCUCCAUCCAGCUUUCCCGUCAUCGUCAUUCAUGCCCUCCAACGUCAUAGUCACGUCACCACUACAGCUGCAGCAGCUUUACGCCGCACGUUUCUCAAGUGUGCAUGCCGCAGCUUAUGAAGAGAUGGUGCGCCAACAGCUGUACGCUCAGCUCAAUUCUGGUACAUCAGUCGCGGCACCUCCCAUGCAGAUUUAUCCACAUCUGUACAAGGAGAGCCAAAAGUCUGGAGCUACUAAGUGAAAUAUAGAAAAAUAGAUAUAUAUAUAUAUAUAUAGAUAUAUAUAGAUAUAUAUACUUACAGACUAAGCAUUUAUUUACCAAUACUGAGUACAAAAUGAAACUGGAGUGUUUUCAUGCUUUGGUUAUGUGAUGAUAAAUAUUUAGGGCCAAAUUUUAUAAAAAUCAUUUAUCCAUA